AUGUCAGAAUCAGAAUCCGACGUUUCUAACCCACUUUACAACAGAGCCCAUGAAGAUUAUCUCUUUUACGGUCGAGAAUUAAUCCCCCAUUUCCCGUACCGGGCCUAUCAUCUAAACAUCCUAAGAUAUCCUUUACCAAAUGGAAGAUUCGAACAGGAUAAUCACCUACCUGCAUUCUUCCUCUAUAGACUCAGAAAGAUGUUUCCAGAGGUUAUUACAACAGUCUUUUCACAUAUCAUUGAGGAACCGUCGAUUGAUCCAGCCGUAGAAACCGAUAUCGAAGGAAGUAGCUUUAUUCCAGAUCUAGUUUUAUUAUCCAGACGAGUCCAUGGCCAUCCAGUUAGCGAUGAUGAAGGAGGAGGUGGACCGAUAACGUCAUAUCCAAUACCAAUCACUGCUCUUUUAUUCCGAGAGGAAACACAAGCGAUCUAUACACCCACUACAGGAGUAGAUUCACAAGCCUGGAAAAUUCAGAAUACGAAAGACUGGAGAGAUCAUAGAAGCACACAACGAAUUCUGGAGAGGAGUGUUUGUAGCAAUCCAUCAGAGGGUACUUAUAGCCAGUUGGUCCAGUUCGCCUACUCUUUGGCGCUCCACGAGAAGUUCCAAAUCGGCUACGAUAGCUGCAUGUGGUGGUCUCCUCUUGUGAGAAAACAUAGUCUUCUAAAGCAAUUUCUGAGGUGGUUUUGGAGCCACUUUGGUCUAUACAUAAAUACGUGUAAUUGGAAUUGGUAUCCAAAGGUAAUGAUCCCAAAAUUCUUCUCAGUCUAUAACCUCCUACAAUACCAUAGAUUAGAGCACCUUACUCUUCGAUUUUCUACCAAGACGAUCAACCUCAAAGAUGGAGAUAUGCACAUGAAUAUGCGUCAAUUCAUUGACAGUUUGUCAGAUAAGCGCUGCGGCGUAAAAGGCUGCAAAGGAAAUAUCUGCGGGAAAAAAUACUGUGGAGACCACUCAUGGUUUCCCAAUCUUCGGAAUAUCACGUAUCUCAAUAGAAAUCACCACACGGAAGGUACUGCAGAAGCUCGCUGUGAUCCAAUGAGAACUGGCUGGUCAAGACGCUUGGUCAAAUAUUUUCAAGACGUUAAACUUUCGAAGUCUAUUGAGGUGAUCUUUGAUGUCUAUGGCGAUGCUGAUGAAGAGAGCUGUGAUAGUGAUGGAGAGUCCGGUAGCGAUUGGAAUGAGGAUCUCUAUAAGAACUAUGAUCCUAAAGAUUAUCAUUAUGAGAGUAAUGAUACGGAUACGCCCGUUCUUUUGCAUAAUCGCCAGUUGGCAGUACAGGAUUGUAUUCGUCGUCUCCUGAUGCCAAAUUCUUUGCUAAAGGGAAACACGGAUGACUUACCUGAAGAUUUGGGGCUCCAGGAAUUGUUUCAAGAUACUGAUAUUUGA